AUGGGAAACCUAUCUUCUUCUAACGAGAAGAAGCCUCUUCCCAUCGACACUAUAUUCAAGCUUCCAGCUAACUUACCAAUUUGGCCACAAGGUGGUGGAUUUGGUAGUGGAAUCAUUGAUCUAGGAGGUCUAAAAGUGUUACAAAUCUCAACAUUCAACAAAAUUUGGACAACCUUAGAAGGGGGACAAAAUGAUCUAGGAGCAGCUUUCUUUGAGCCAACACAAAUACCUCAAGGGUUCUUCUCAUUAGGACACUAUAGUCAACCUAACAACAAACCUCUCUUUGGUUGGGUUUUAGUUGCAAAAGAUGAGUCCAAUGGAGCAUUAAAAAAUCCAAUUGAUUACACACUUGUUUGGAGUAGCAAGGCACAAAAAAUCAAACAAGACAAAGAUGGUUACAUUUGGUUACCAAUAGCACCUAAUGGUUAUAGCCCUUUAGGCCAUAUUGUCACAACCACACCUGAAAAACCUUCACUUGAUAGAAUCCAAUGUGUUAGGUCAGAUCUCACUGACCAAUGUGAGAUCAAUACAUGGAUUUGGGGUAAAGACAAGAAAAUUGAUGAAAAAGGUAUCAAUGUUCAUAAUGUUAGACCAAGCAAUAGAGGCACACAAGCUCCUAGUGUUCUUGUUGGAACAUUCUUAGCACAUGUUGGUGAAAUUAAAAAUAGCCCUUUACCAAUUUCAUGUUUGAAAAAUUCAAACUUUAUGAGUUUUUCUUCAAUGCCUAAUUUGCCUCAAGUUAAGGCCCUAGCACAAAACUAUUCACCUCUCAUGUACUUGCACCCAAAUGAAAAGUUUCAACCUUGUUCAAUUAAAUGGUAUUUCACAAAUGGAGCAUUGCUUUAUAAGAAAGGGGAAGAAGAAAAUCCAAUUGACAUAGACCCAUUAGGCUCAAAUCUUCCUCAAGGUGGAAGCAAUGAUGGUUCUUAUUGGUUGGAUCUACCAAAAGAUAAAGCUAAUAGAGAAAGAGUCAAAAAAGGGACAUUAAAAGUUGGGCUUAUAGAUAACAUUUCACUUGGUAAAAUAGGUGAACACAUUGGUGAUUGGGAACAUGUUACUUUAAGGAUAAGUAACUUUAAUGGAGAGUUAAAAAGUGUUUAUUUUUCACAACAUAGUAAUGGUCAAUGGCUUGAUGCUUCACAAGUUGAGUUUCAAAGUGGGAAUAAAUCUGUGACUUAUUCUUCAUUGAAUGGUCAUGCUAUUUAUUCUAAAGCUGGACUUGUUCUUCAAGGUGUUAGUGAUAUAGGGAUAAAGAAUGAAACUAAGAAGAGUGAUAUGGUUGUUGAUUUUGGAGAUGGUUUUGAGAUUGUUUCUGGGGAGUAUUUGGGGGAUGAGGUUGUUGAACCUAGUUGGUUGAAUUUUUUUAGGCAAUGGGGUCCUAAAAUUACUUAUGAUUUAGGUGAGGAGUUGAAAAAGUUGGAUAAAGUGAUUCCUGGUUUGAAAUUGCCUAAUGAGUUGUUGGGUGAGGAAGGGCCUACUGGGCCAAAGCUCAAGAGAAAUUGGAACGGAGACGAAGUUUGA